AUUCCACGAGGAAAAGUAAAGGAAAAAUGAAAAAGGAAAUUAUUAUAUUCUAUUCCAUGCACACUCAUGUCAUGUCCACUUCUCCCUUUUUAUUUCUUAAAGCCCUUUACCUUUUAUUCUGCUUUCAUUAUUCCCCUUCUUCCCUUCCUCUCCUUCAAUGGCGGCCAAUCCCUCCGCUUCUUCUUCACCGAGCAUGAAGAACAGCAUGCCACUCUCCUCCUCUCUCCCCAUCUCUCGGCCCUUCCAUCCUUAUCUCAUCCUCCUCCUCCUCCUCCUCUACCUGUAACUCAUCGAAUCACGUCCAACUGUCUUCAUCUUCAUCUUCUUCUUCUUCUUCUAGUUUCAUCAAUUGUCGUUGUUGUUGUCAUAGCGUCAUAGCUCCCCUGUUCAUCAGCCAUGGGCUCGGCUUUCUCGGGUCUUGUCGAGCCGAGCGAAGUAGGGUCGUUGUCUGUGUCACCGGUGAGGACCUCUCUUGGGGACAUACCGGAGAGCUGCGUCUCGCUGAUCCUGGCCUGCCUGGACCCGCCAGAGAUUUGUAGGCUAGCUGGGGUGAGCAAGGCAUUUCACGGCGCCUCAUCAGCCUACUUCGUAUGGGAGUCGAAGCUGCCAUCAAACUAUAAGUUCCUGGUGAAGAAAGUCUUGGGCGAGAGCCCGGACAUCCUGUCCAAGAAGGAGAUCUAUGCCAGGCUCUGCCGACCAAAUCGUUACGAUGCUGGCACUAAGGAAGUUUGGUUGGACAAAGUUACCGGAAAUAACUGUCUGUCGAUUUCGUCAAAGGCAUUAAAGAUUACCGGGAUCGACGAUCGGAGAUAUUGGAAUCAUAUCCCGACCGACGAAUCGAGGUUCCAUACAGUGGCAUACCUUCAACAGAUAUGGUGGGUCGAAGUGGUGGGAGAAAUAGAGUUCCAAUUCUUGCCCGGUACAUACAGCGUCUUCUUCAGGCUUCAGCUCGGGAAAGCCUCCAGGAGGUUCGGAAGACGGGUGUGUAACCUCGAUCAGGUCCACGGUUGGGGCAUCAAGCCGGUUCGGUUUCAAUUAUCUACGUCGACCGGUCAGAAUGCCGCUUCAGAGUGUUAUUUAGAUGAACCGGGGAAUUGGGUCCACUACCACGUUGGGGAUUUCCAUAUUGACAAUCCGGACACGCCAGUAAGGAUCAAAUUCUCCAUGGUCCAAAUCGACUGCACGCACACUAAGGGCGGGUUAUGUGUAGAUUCCGUGAUGAUAUACCCAAAUGAGUUUCGAGAGAGAUUGAAACAAGUCUAAGAAAUAUUCAGUCUAGGAUUUGUGUAUAGAAUUGUUCGAGUUCAAAAUAGAAAUUUGCGCCUAAGAGCACUUGUAAACUACCGUCAUAUUAUACAAGAUUAAUUAAGAGACCAUACGUUAUAGUGAGAGUUGAUUAGGAUAUGAUGUUAAUGCAAUAUCAGUUGUUUGCCUUUGCUCAAGUGUGUCUUACAAUCGUUUUUCUUAUAUAUAGAACUCGUAAAGUGACUAUUCUUAUGUAAUUUUGCAA